UUCGCGCUCAUUUGCAGUUGCAAAGUGUUGAAGAGCAGUCGGUCGCAAAAUUACAGCGAAAAAGGAGGAAGAGAUGUCUGCAAGAGGCAAGCGAAAGGACGAUGAAGACCACGCAUCCGAGGGAGAUGCUCCUCCGAAGAAGACAUUUAAGAAAGAUUCCGACGAAACCGACGAAAUCGUCGUCUGCGAGAUUUCGAAGAACCGUAGAGUUAUGGUGAGGAACUGGCAAGGAAAGAUUGUGGUGGAUAUUCGUGAGUUUUAUGUCAAAGAUGGAAAGGAAAUGCCUGGAAAAAAAGGCAUCUCGCUAUCCUUGGAUCAGUGGAACGUUCUUCGAAAUCACGUAGAAGAAAUCGACAAAGCUGUUAAUGAAAAUUCGUGAGGAAAUUAAAUCAGGCAUCUUUUGUUGAUAUUAGUAGUAACUGAAUCACUCUGUAGGGCUAUUCGACUUUAUGAGGACGGAAAUAUGACCUUUUGUACAGCUAAUGGGCUUGUUUUUGUGGGCAUGAAGACCAAAGAGCAGGUAUUAGCUUUUAUAUCUACAUUAACUGCAUCACUUAGAUUGACAUUUUGAUAUUGUAGACCAGAAACAUGAUAUUGUAAUAUAUUAUGGCAUCACUGACAAUA